CCGGAAAGAGCCGUCGCCCAGAGCAACCGCCAUAUCCGGUUGUCUGAAUUUGACCGCGAAGAGACGAUGAGCAAAGGCCGUGCGGAAGCUGCGGCCGGAGCUCCUGGGAUCCUUCUGAGGUACCUACAGGAGCAGAACCGGCCCUACAGUGCUCAGGACAUGUUCGGGAACCUGCAGAAGGAGCAUGGACUGGGCAAGACGGUGGUGGUGAAGGCGUUGGAGCAGCUGGCCCAACAAGGCAAGAUCAAAGAGAAGACCUACGGCAAGCAGAAGAUCUAUUUUGCUGAUCAGGACCAGUUUGAUGUGGUGAGUGAGGCUGACCUCCAUAGCCUGGAUGCCAAAAUUGUGGCCCUCGCUGCUAAGGUGCAGAGCUUGCAGCAGAGCUGCCGACAUAUGGAAACUGAGCUGAAGGAGCUAACUAACAGCCUGACCACUCCGGAGAUGCAGAAAGAGAUCCAGGAGUUAAAGAAGGAGUGUGCUGGCUACACAGAGAGACUGAAGAACAUCAAAGCAGCUACCAACCACGUCACUCCAGAAGAGAAGGAGCAGGUAUACAGAGAAAGGCAGCAAUACUGCAAGGAAUGGAGGAAGCGGAAGCGGAUGGCAACAGAGAUGUGUGAUGCAAUCCUUGAAGGCUACUCCAAGAGCAAGAAGCAGUUCUUUGAGGAAGUUGGGAUAGAGACAGAUGAAGAUUGUAACGUCAGGCUCCCAGACCCCUGAGGGGAACCCCUCAGGGAACUGGGAAUCGGAACACAGAGUCCCAGGCUAGCCUUUUUGUUGUUGUUGCUGCUGUUCCUGCUGUCCUCACCCUGAGCACAGGAAAGGAAUGGCCAGAGCAGGAGUGGAAGGACUCAGUGCUGGUAGCCUGGAAGAGCCGGUCAUGCUCCUUUUGUCAUCCACAUUGCAGUGGCUUGAGCUUAACACAAGGACUUGCAACAUGCUAAAGGAAAGCAUUUGGCAAUAUUUAUUGUCAUAUAAUUUCAUAUAAAAAUAUUUAAUUUCCUUUGGAUAUUCAAACCUCCCAGAUAUCAAACCUGAGGAAGGCAGCAGAGAGUUUGGGAAACAAAGGUAAAGUUGCUACCAAAUAUCAGUAUUUAAGGAGCCCAAAGCAUCACCCAGGACUAAUCCCAGAAGGGGAGAAGUGUAGGCAACACUGGCAGAUGGUAGAGACCCUGACAUGCUGGACAGAAAAGUUGAGGUGAUUUUGAGGCUUGCCUGUUUAACUUUCCAAAAUUGUAAAUGUGGCAAAACUCCAUUGUUAGUAUUUUU